AUGUAUAUCCCUCAGGCUGCAAGGCUGGUUCUCGUACGCCGAAGGCAUAGAUUUGUAUCAGUCGCCGCUGGGGGUCGCUCAUUCUCGACGAAGCAUGACGCACUCAAGAUCCUUUUCUUUGGACGCGACGAGUUCUCUUGUGGGGUAUUGCGCCAAGUGCUGGAAGCAAAAGAUGUCUGGCAGGAAAUCCAGGUCGUAACACAACCGGACACGAAGACCGGUAGACGUGGCUCCAAACUCUCAAUAUCACCCCUCAAGCUACUUGCGGAAGACGCACGGCUACCGGUGCAUACAAUUCCGCAUGAACGAUCUGAAUUCAAGCACUUCAAGGUUCCGCCGCCUUUUCUGCUAGAUGAGGCAGCAGCAGGGUCCUCGCACACGCUUCCCUCUGAUCAUCUACUCGUCACCGCCUCAUUCGGGCGCAUCCUCCCCAACUCGCUUCUCAACAACUUCCUCCCAUCCCGACGAGUGAACGUCCACCCCUCGCUCCUCCCAGCCUACCGCGGCGCUUCACCCAUACAGUAUGCCCUUAUGAACGGCGAACGCGAAACGGGCGUAUGCGUUAUUGAGAUGACCGAGCGCAAGAAGGGCAUCGACUCCGGUGCGAUUUGGGGCUGCGAGAGAAUGGAACUCCCGAACGGCGCAAUUUUUCCGACUCUCCUGGACUCGCUAGCCGUUGCGGGCGGCAAUCUACUUGUUUCGACUCUGCGAGACAUGCUCGCUGGCAAGGACACCCGCACUCCCCAACCAACAGAUCCCAAUGCGCCGCGCGCGCCGCUCAUCACCAUGCAAGACUCCGCAGUCGACUUCAGGGUGAUGACCGCAGACAACAUCGAGCGGCGCCACCGUGCAAUCUCGCACCAAAAACCCAUGACGACCCUACUCAAGACCGGACGCACACUCCAGCUACACGAACCCUCCGUCCUGCCCUCCAUCCCCGAAGAACUCAACGACCGUCUACCCGAGGCAGGCUGCGCGAUCUUCCACCCGCCCAGCAAAGCGCUCGUCGUCCGUUGUGCCGGCGAGACGUACCUCAGUGUACCGAUGGUACGCCAGCAGGACCGCCACUUGCUGAAGGCGAAGGAGUGGUGGAAUGGCGUGAAGCCGGAGAUGCGCUUCCUCGACAGCUGGGCGUCGGGGCCUAUCCAGUUCAUCCCGCUUGAUGCUCCUGCGUAA